GGGGAAGAUAAUUUGUGACACAUUAGUGGCAGAGGUAUGCUGUCGCGGUGAUGUGGCAUUUGUUGUGGAAUGGAGCUUCCACAACAAGGCUGAGAGCCAAGUAAUCUGGUCAGUUUAAUCUGGAGUGGUCUUCUCAGUGAAGUAUCAGAAGAUGACAGUCAUUAUUUGAGGUCAGCAUAAAAUAUUCAAGAAAUCUUUCUCCAUCACCGUUAUGGAAGAUGAAAGCAGAGUACAGAAAUAAAUCUUGGGAAAAUUACGCAAAACACUUGAUAGCAAUUAUUGAAUUAAUCUUGUGAAGCAUUUGAGAUUAGAAUCCAUCAAGCCAUGUCAGUGUAGGGAGUGUGGGAAAGCACUGACUGAAUCAGGCACCUGGAGAAACACCUGAUGUACUGCAAUGGAGACAGACCAUAUCUGAGUGUGAGAAAUCGUGUACAAGUGACCUGCAGAGGCACAAGAUGUGUCAGUAGGGAAUCAAGACUAUUUUUCAGUGAAUUGAGUUUGGGAAAGCAUGUUCAUGAUCAAGUUAUCUUCUGAUACAUGUGGACAUAUGAUGUCUAGCGGUGCUGUUGAGCCUCAGAGUAAUGAGUGUGGGAAAGAAUUACCUCAAUUUUGUUUCUUGAAGUCAGAUGCUGAAGUUAACAUAGUGAGGGAUGGUUGUGAAUGUGAGCAAGUCUCUGGAACACUUGAACUGUCGAGGUGUCAGGGUGAUGUCAGUCCUUAUGAACAGACCGAGUAUGAAAGAACUUUGACACAAGCAGACGACCAACAGGAAGAUGUGAUGUCUCAGAGUGGAGACAAGUUUCAUGAGAGUGGUGAGUGCGGUGAGUGCGGGACAACAUUCAUCCGAUCAAGCGACCUUCAGAGCCACCUAAGAUGUCACAGAACUUUGACACAACCAGACGAGCAGGAAGAUGUGAUGUCUCAGAGUGGAGACAAGUCUCACGAGUGUAGUGAGUGCGGGAAAACAUUCAUCCGAUCAAGCGACCUUCAAAGGCACCUACGAUGUCACAGUGGUGUGAAGCCUUACGAAUGUAGUGUGUGUGGGAAGACGUUUACCCAAUCCAACGACCUGCACAGACACAUGAUGAGUCAUAGUGGGGUGAAGCCGUACAAAUGUAGUCAGUGUGAGAAAGCGUUUAGACGAUCCACUGACCUGCAGAGACACAUGAGUAGCCACAGUGGAAUCAAGCCUUUUGUAUGUAGUGAAUGUCAGAAAGGGUUUAGCCGAUCAAAUGACCUUAAAAUACACAUGAGGAUUCAUACUGGAAUCAAACCCUACCAGUGCACAGAGUGCGGGAGAGAUUUCCGAACGUCAGGUGGUCUGAAAUCACACUUGGACUAUCACAAUGGUGUCAGGCCCUUUAAGUGUAGCCAGUGCGAACAAGCUUUCAGACAGUCAAGCCAACUGGUGGCGCAUGUGAGACGUCACAACGGCAUUAGACCUUUUGAGUGUGGUGAGUGUUUGAAGACGUUUACAACAUCCAGAGGCCUGAAGACUCAUAUGAAGUAUCACAGUGGAGUCAAGCCAUUUGCGUGUACGGAGUGUGGGAAAGCAUUUGUCUGUUCGGGUCAGCUUCAGAUCCACACUAGGACUCACACUGGGAUCAAGCCAUACCAGUGUGGUGUGUGUGUGAAAGCGUUUACAACUUCUGGCAAUCUGAAGGCUCAUAUGAGGAGUCACACUGGAGAAAAACCUUUCCAGUGUCUUGAGUGUAAGAAAGCAUUUACAGAAUACAGCAGUCUUAGGACACACCUCAAGUGUCACAUUAGAGCCAAGAAAGAUGGAUGUGAGUCGGUAUCUGAAUCUGUUGUUUGA